ACUUUCGAUGCAAUGGAAGAUUUAAUAAAUCUUCAUAAUGAUUAUCGCGAAGAAUUCGAAAAUGCUCUGAACACUGAACAUGCGGUUAUUUGGAAUGGGAUAGCAACCAAAAUCAAUAAUUAUCAUCCAGCUCAAGUUACUGGCAGAUAA